GAGAUCUGCUCCAUGACUUCCUCUCACAAACCACCGCACAUCAUACAGACAGACAGAGGGACAGGAAGUGGACAGCUGAUGCUAAUUUACUGCAUCAUCUCCUCCCUCGCGCGCCAUCCAAUGAGAGACGAUUUCUACAGUGCGUUGGAUUUCGCCGUCUCAAACACACACACACACACACACACACGCAGACCCAGUCUACUCCGCACGCAGAUUCACCACGAGCAUCUGCGUGUGAAAGCGAACCAUGGCCGACGGAGGAGAAGGAGAGGAUGAAAUCCAGUUCCUGCGAACUGAUGAUGAGGUGGUCCUACAGUGCUCAGCUACGAUUCAUAAGGAGCAACAGAAACUUUGUCUGGCUGCUGAAGGCUUUGGAAACAGACUCUGCUUCCUUGAAUCCAUCUCCAACUCCAAGAAUGUGCCUCCAGAUCUGUCCAUCUGCACUUUUGUCUUGGAGCAGUCACUAUCAGUACGAGCCCUUCAGGAGAUGCUGGCCAGCACAGAGGACAAGGCUGACGGGACGGCCCAGGGUGGUGGUCAUCGCACCUUACUGUAUGGACACGCUGUCCUGCUGCGACACUCCUAUAGUGGAAUGUACCUAUGCUGUCUGUCAACCUCCCGCUCAUCCACAGACAAACUGGCUUUUGAUGUGGGAUUGCAGGAAGAUACCACAGGCGAGGCUUGCUGGUGGACCAUCCAUCCAGCAUCAAAGCAGCGUUCAGAAGGAGAGAAGGUUAGAGUGGGAGAUGAUCUCAUCCUGGUCAGCGUCUCCUCUGAAAGAUAUCUGCAUCUGUCCUAUGGCAAUGGCAGUCUCCAUGUAGAUGCAGCCUUCCAGCAGACUCUGUGGAGCGUGGCUCCCAUCUGUUCUGGCAGUGAAGUAGCACAAGGUUUCCUGAUAGGAGGAGACGUCCUUCGCCUCCUUCACGGUCACAUGGACGAGUGUCUAACUGUUCCAUCUGGGGAACAUGGAGAUGAGCAGAGGAGGACAGUGCACUAUGAGGGGGGAGCGGUGUCCAGUCAUGCCCGAUCCCUGUGGAGGCUGGAGACACUGCGGGUUGUGUGGAGUGGGAGUCAUAUCCGCUGGGGUCAGCCAUUCAGAUUGAGACAUGUGACCACAGGGAAGUAUCUGAGUCUCAUAGAAGACAAAUCUCUGCUGCUGAUGGACAAAGAGAAAGCUGAUGUCAAGUCUACUGCCUUCUGCUUCAGAUCCUCUAAGGAAAAGUUGGACCCUGGUGUGAAGAAGGAGAUGGAUGGGAUGGGUGUUCCUGACAUUAAGUAUGGUGACUCCGUGUGUUACAUCCAACAUGUUGACACCUGCCUUUGGCUCACAUACCAGACUGUUGAUGCAAAGUGUGCACGCAUGGGGGGAGUACAGAGAAAGGCCAUCAUGCACCAUGAGGGCCACAUGGACGACGGGCUGACGCUGUCUCGGUCACAACAUGAAGAGAGUCGCACUGCCAGAGUCAUCCGUAGCACUGUCUUUUUGUUCAAUACCUUCAUCAGGGGUCUGGAUACACUAAGAAAAAAGGGGAAGAGCUCCACUUUAGAUCUUCCAAUAGAUUCAGUCAGCCUGAGUCUGGAGGAUCUGAUUGGCUACUUCCAACCACCUGGAGAUCACCUGGAACAUGAAGACAAGCAGAACCGACUGAGAGCUCUGAAGAACCGUCAGAACCUCUUUCAGGAGGAGGGAAUGAUCAGCCUGGUACUGGAGUGUAUCGAUCGACUUCACGUCUACAGUAGUGCAGCUCAUUUUGCUGAGGCAGUAGGAAGAGAGGCAGGAGAGGCCUGGAGCUCCAUCCUCAAUUCACUCUACCAACUACUGGCUGCACUGAUCAGAGGAAACAGGAAGAACUGUGCUCAGUUUUCUGGUUCCUUGGACUGGCUGAUCAGUAGACUCGAGCGACUAGAGGCCUCUUCUGGUAUACUAGAGGUGCUUCACUGUGUUCUGGUGGAGAGUCCUGAGGCUCUGAACAUAAUCAAAGAGGGACACAUCAAGUCUAUUAUAUCUUUGCUGGACAAGCAUGGACGCAACCAUAAGGUUCUCGAUGUGUUGUGUUCGCUGUGUGUAUGUCACGGUGUAGCAGUGCGCUCCAACCAGCACCUGAUUUGUGACAACCUGCUGCCAGGAAGAGAUCUGUUACUGCAGACCCGCCUGAUCAACCACGUAAGCAGCAUGCGUCCAAACAUCUUCCUGGGCGUCAGUGAUGGCUCUGCUCAGUACAGGAGGUGGUACUACGAGCUCAUUGUGGAUCAGGCAUUGCCGUUUGUCACAGCAGAAGCCACUCACCUCAGGGUGGGCUGGGCCAGCACCAGUGGCUACGCACCCUACCCAAGUGGGGGAGAGGGGUGGGGAGGCAACGGGGUGGGUGAUGACCUCUAUUCCUACGGCUUUGAUGGGCUUCAUCUUUGGUCAGGCUGCAUUGCACGAACUGUCAGCUCCCCCAAUCAGCAUCUCUUGAGGUCAGAGGACGUAGUGAGCUGUUGCCUGGACCUCAGUGUGCCCAGUAUCUCCUUCAGGAUCAACGGCCAGCCAGUUCAGGGCAUGUUUGAGAACUUCAACUCUGACGGCCUCUUCUUCCCUGUGGCCAGCUUCUCGGCUGGGGUCAAGGUGCGUUUUCUCCUUGGGGGUCGUCAUGGGGAGUUUAAGUUCCUCCCUCCUCCGGGUUAUGCUCCUUGCUAUGAGGCGGUGUUGCCAAGGGAGAAACUGAAGCUGGAGGCCAGUCAGGACCAGACUGCUGCCAGAGACCUCUUGGGGCCCACCGUCACCUUGAGCCAGGCAGCAUUCACCCCCACACCUGUUGACACCAGCCAGAUUGUGCUGCCUCCUCACUUGGAGAGGAUCAGGGAGAAGCUUGCAGAAAACAUCCAUGAACUGUGGGUGAUGAAUAAGAUAGAACUGGGCUGGACCUACGGUGCAGUGCGAGACGAUAACAAGAGGCAACACCCCUGUCUGGUGGAGUUCUGCAAGCUUCCUGAACAGGAACGAAGCUACAAUCUACAGAUGUCUCUGGAGACUCUCAAAACUCUCCUGGCCCUGGGUUGCCAUGUUGGCCUGGCAGAUGAACACGCUGUAGAAAAAGUCAAGAGCAUGAAACUGUCACCAACCUACGAGUUGUCCAGUGGAUAUAAACCUGCUCCUCUGGACCUGAGUCACAUCAAACUGACCUCCACUCAGGAAGCCAUGGUGGACAAACUAGCUGAGAACGCACAUAAUGUCUGGGCAAGAGACCGCAUCCACCAGGGCUGGACCUAUGGCAUCCAACAGGAUGUGAAGAAUCGUAGAAACCCUCGUCUGGUCCCCUACACUCUGCUGGAUGAGAGAACCAAGAAAUCCAACAAAGACAGUCUGAGAGAGGCCGUCAGGACUCUGUUGGGAUAUGGAUACAACCUGGAAGCUCCUGAUCAGGACCAUGCAGCUCAGUCUGACCUCAACAACAUGUCUGCUGAGAGGUUCCGCAUUUUCAGAGCAGAGAAAACCUACUGUGUCAAUGCUGGGAAGUGGUACUUUGAGCUGGAGGUACUGACAGCAGGAGAGAUUAGGGUGGGCUGGGCCAGGCCAGGAUGCCUCCCGGACCAAGAGCUAGGAUCUGAUGACCAGGCCUUUGUCUUUGAUGGCUUCAAGGUCCAGCGCUGGCACCAGGGCAACGAGCACUUUGGGCGUGCCUGGCAGACGGGGGACGUAGUGGGCUGCAUGGUGGAUCUGAACGAACACACCAUGAUGUUCACACUCAACGGAGAAGUGCUGCUCGAUGAUUCUGGCUCUGAACUGGCUUUCAAGGACUUUGAAGCUGGUGAAGGUUUUAUCCCAGUGUGCAGUCUGGGUGUGUGUCAGGUGGGGAGGAUGAACUUUGGUAAAGAUGUCAGCACUCUCAAGUACUUCACCAUCUGCGGCCUGCAGGAAGGCUACGAACCGUUUGCUGUCAACAUGAACAGAGAUGUAACCAUGUGGCUCAGCAAGAGGCUGCCUCAGUUUGUACCUGUCCCCCCUGACCACCAACACAUAGAGGUGACAAGGAUAGAUGGGACGGUGGAGUCGUGUCCAUGUCUAAAGGUCACCCAGAGGUCAUUUGGCUCACAAAACAGUUACACUGACAUCACCUUCUACAGACUGAGCAUGCCCAUAGAGUGUGUAGAGUCCUUCUCCAGAUCCCAACCUAAUGGCAGCCUCUUCUCACCAAAGAGGGAGUUGGAGGACUUUGAAACGGUAUCAGACUUUGAGGUCCUGAUGAAGUCGUCUCAUGGCCACACUGGUCCCAAUGGACCUGAGAGAGAUGAAUUCAACAACCACAAAGAUUAUAACCAGGAGAAGCCAUCCAAGCUCAAACAACGGUUCAUGUUGAAGAGAAACAAACCAGACAACAGCUGCCCCUCAUCAGCUCGACUGUCAGAGGAAGUGAUGGCUGAUGACAGAGAUGACUAUGAAUUCCUCGUGCAGGCCUCCAUUCAUUACUACUCAGUGCGAAUCUUCCCUGGCCAGGAGCCCAGCAGUGUGUGGGUAGGCUGGGUAACCUCUGACUUCCAUCAGUAUGACCCUGGGUUCGAGCUGCACAAAGUCCGAACUGUGACUGUUACCCUGGGAGACGAGAAAGGCAAAGUUCACGAGAGUAUAAAGCGGAGUAACUGUUACAUGGUGUGGGCUGGAGAGAGCAGCAGUCCUGGUCAGGGGAGGAACAAUAAUGGCUUAGAGAUUGGCUGCCUGGUCGACACAACAAAUGGACUGCUGACUUUCACUGCCAACGGCAAAGAACUCAGCACAUAUUACCAGGUGGAGCCCAGCACUAAGCUGUUCCCUGCAGUCUUUGCCAAGGCCACCAGCCCCAAUGUCUUCCAGUUUGAACUAGGGCGAAUAAAGAAUGUGAUGCCUCUGUCAGCUGGACUGUUUAAGAGUGAGAGGAAGAACCCAGUUCCUCAGUGUCCUCCUCGGCUUCAUGUCCAGUUUCUCACUCCUGUUUUAUGGAGUCGUGUUCCCAACCACUUCCUCAAGGUGUCAACAUCCAGAGUGAAUGACAGACAUGGCUGGCUGGUCCAGUGUAAUGAACCUCUGCAGUUCAUGUCUCUGCAUGUACCUGAGGAGAACAGGUCGGUGGAUAUCCUGGAGCUGUCAGAGCAGAAGGACUUAUUAAAGUUUCACUACCAUACCCUCAGACUGUACUCUGCAAUCUGUGCUCUGGGAAACAACCGAGUGGCACACGCCCUCUGCUCCCAUGUAGACGAAGCACAGCUUCUGCAGGCUAUAGAGAAUAAGUACAUGCCAGGGUUGCUUCGUGCGGGCUACUACGACCUCCUUAUCGACAUCCACCUGAGCAGCUACGCAACAGCUCGCCUCAUGAUGAACAAUGAGUACAUUGUUCCCAUGACAGACGAAACAAAGAGCAUUACUCUGUUUCCAGAUGAGAAAAAGAAACACGGCCUGCCAGGCAUCGGCCUCAGCACCUCCCUCAGACCCAGAAUGCACUUCUCAUCUCCGAGCUUCGUCUGUGGGACUGGAUCACUGUACUGUAACAAUGGCAGCAGUGGAUCAGGGGACUGUUUCCAGUACAGCCCUGAAUUCCCCUUAGAUAUACUGAAAGUUAAAACCAUUGAGAUGCUGACAGAGGCGGUGAGGGAGGGAAGCAUGCACGUACGGGAUCCAAUAGGAGGCAGCACUGAGUUUCUCUUUGUCCCCCUCAUCAAGCUCUUCUACACCAUGCUCAUCAUGGGAGUUUUCCAGAAUGGAGAUCUGAAGAACAUCCUGCGACUGAUUGAACCAUCUGUGUUCUCUGAAAGACCAGGCCAGGAGGAGAUACACAUGGAGCUGGAGAUGGUGAAGGAGGUCGUGGCUGAGGGAGGAAGGGAGGAUGGACCGAGGAACAUGCCAAAAGAAGGACUGUUACAGAUGAAGUUGCCAGAGCCUGUAAAACUCCAGAUGUGCCAUGUGCUGCAGUACCUGUGUGACUGCCAGGUGCGACAUCGUAUCGAGGCAGUGGUGGCCUUCUCUGAUGACUUUGUGGCCUGUCUCCAAGACAACCAGCGGUUCCGCUACAAUGAGGUGAUGCUGGCACUCAACAUGUCUGCAGCUCUCACAGCCAAGAAGACAAAAGAGUUUAGAUCGCCUCCACAGGAACAGAUCAACAUGUUGCUGAACUUUAAGGAUGAGAAGCAGGAGUGUCCCUGUCCUGACUACAUCCGAGAACAGCUGCUCGACUUCCAUGAAGAUCUGAUGAGACACUGUGGUAUAGAGUUGGAUGAGGACAGAAGGAUAGACGGUGACAGUGACUUCACCAUCCGAGGUCGACUCAUAUCGCUUGUGGAGAAAGUGGCUUAUCUAAAGAAGAAGAUGGCCAUCCUGCCAAAGGAAAAAAAAGACAAGAAACCCAGUACACUACAGCAGUUGAUUUCAGAUACAAUGGUUCGCUGGGCUCAGGAGUCCGUUAUUGAGGAUCCAGAACUGGUCAGAGCCAUGUUUGUCCUGCUGCACCGCCAGUAUGAUGGCAUUGGAGGACAGGUGCGGGCUCUGCCUAAGACGUACACUAUAAACUCAGUAUCCAUCGAGGACACCAUCAACCUGUUGGCUGCUCUAGGUCAGAUCAGAUCUCUGCUGAGUGUCCGUAUGGGAAGAGAGGAGGAGAAACUGAUGAUCCGAGGGCUGGGUGAUAUCAUGAACAACAAGGUAUUUUAUCAGCAUCCUAACCUGAUGAGAGCUCUAGGGAUGCACGAGACUGUCAUGGAGGUCAUGGUCAACGUACUCAGUGGAGGAGACUCCAAGGAAAUAACCUUUCCUAAAAUGGUGGCCAACUGUUGUCGGUUUCUCUGUUAUUUCUGUCGAAUCAGUCGUCAGAACCAGAAAGCCAUGUUUGACCAUCUCAGCUACCUGCUGGAGAACAGCAGUGUUGGCCUCGCAUCUCCAUCCAUGCGAGGCUCUACUCCUCUUGAUGUGGCUGCAGCAUCAGUCAUGGAUAAUAACGAGUUGGCCCUGGCUUUGAGAGAGCCAGAUCUGGAGAAGGUGGUGCAGUACCUGGCUGGUUGUGGGCUGCAGAGCUGUGUGAUGCUGGUACGUAAAGGAUACCCUGACAUUGGCUGGAACCCUGUGGAGGGAGAGCGCUACCUGGACUUCCUACGCUUUGCUGUCUUCUGCAACGGUGAAAGCGUGGAGGAGAAUGCUAAUGUUGUGGUGAGGCUUCUGAUUCGCCGACCAGAGUGUUUUGGCCCUGCUCUUCGGGGUGAAGGUGGUGAUGGGUUGUUGGCAGCGAUGGAGGAAGCCAUUAAGAUCUCUCAGGAUUCCUCCAGGGAUGGUCCUUCUCCAACAUCUGAGAGCAGCAAAGCACUCAGUGACAUGCUGGAAGAAGAGGAAGAUGAUACCAUCCACAUGGGGAAUGCCAUCAUGACCUUCUAUGCUGCUCUCAUUGACCUGCUGGGUCGCUGUGCUCCAGAGAUGCAUCUGAUCCAUGCUGGUAAAGGUGAAGCAAUCCGUAUCAGAGCCAUUCUAAGGUCUCUCAUUCCCAUUGAGGACCUGGUUGGAGUCAUCAGCAUUCCAUUCUCCAUGCCCAGCCUAGCUAAAGAUGGGAUGGUGGUGGAGCCAGACAUGUCAGCUGGUUUCUGUCCAGAUCAUAAAGCAGCCAUGGUGCUGUUCCUGGACCGGGUCUAUGGUAUAGAGGACCAGAACUUCCUGCUCCACCUCCUAGAGGUUGGAUUCUUACCAGACCUGAGAGCUGCUGCCUCUCUGGACACUGUUGCUCUCAGUGCCACAGACAUGGCCCUGGCCCUCAACAGGUAUCUGUGUACAGCUGUCCUGCCUCUCUUGACUAAAUGUGCACCGCUGUUUGCGGGGACAGAGCCGUUUGCCUCACUGAUUGACUCCCUCCUCCACACGGUUUACCGCCUGUCCAAAGGCUGCUGCCUCACCAAGGCCCAGAGGGAUGCCAUAGAGGAGUGUCUGUUGGCUGUCUGUGGGAAGCUGAGACCCUCCAUGAUGCAGCAUCUGCUGAGGAGGUUGGUGUUUGACGUUCCCCUGCUAAAUGAACACACCAAGAUGCCUCUGAAGCUCUUGACCAAUCACUAUGAGCGUUGUUGGAAGUAUUACUGCUUGGCUGGAGGCUGGGGCAACUUUGGAGCUGCAUCAGAUGAAGAACUUCACCUCUCCAGGAAACUGUUCUGGGGAAUAUUUGAUGCUCUGUCUUACAAGCAAUAUGACCAGGAGCUGUUUAAGCUGGCGUUGCCUUGUCUCAGUGCUGUGGCAGGAGCUCUUCCUCCAGACUACAUGGAGUCUAACUACAUGGCCAUGAUGGAGAAACAGUCAUCCAUGGACUCAGAGGGAAACUUCACUCCACAGCCUGCAGACACUACCAAUGUGACUGUCCCAGAGAAACUGGACUAUUUCAUAACCAGAUAUGCAGAGCACAAUCAUGAGAAGUGGUGUAUAGAAAAGUUUUCCAAUGGCUGGUCAUAUGGGGAACAGAUAUGUGAAAUCAGCAAGAACCACCCUUUACUGAAACCAUACAAAGGCCUCUCUGAAAAGGAUAAAGAGUCAUACUGCUGGUCAGUCAGAGAGUCUCUGAAGACCAUGCUGUCAUGGGGCUGGAGCAUUGACAGGAUCAGAGAGGGUGACCCCGCCAGCCUCCAUAACAAGUCCAGGAGGAUAUCACAGGCUAGCCAGCUGUCAUUUGAAGGAGCUCCAGCUUUCAGCCCGAGACCCAUCGAUAUGAGCAAUGUCACACUGUCCAGAGACAUGCAGUCAAUGGCUGAGCUGCUUGCAGAGAAUUAUCAUAAUAUCUGGGCCAGGAAAAAGAAGAUCGAGCUGGAAGCCAAAGGUGGAGGAAACCAUCCCCUUCUGGUUCCGUAUGAUACACUGACUGCCAAAGAGAAAUCCAAAGACAGAGAAAAAGCACAAGACAUCCUGAAGUUCCUCCAGAUCAAUGGUUACACUGUGUCCAGAGGUGUGAAGUCACAGGAGCUGGACACUCCAGCUAUAGAGAAACGAUUUGCCUACACCUUCCUCCAGCAGCUCAUCACAUACGUAGACCAGGCCCACCAACACAUGCUGGAGUUUGAUCUAGGAACAAGACCGAAGGGAGAGAAGAUUCCUCAUGAACAGCAGAUUAAGUUCUUUGGAAAGGUUGUGUUGCCAUUGGUGGAUCAGUACUUUAAAAACCAUAGGCUGUACUUCCUGUCCACAGCCAUCCAUCCAAUCAGUAGUGGUGGCCACGCCUCCAACAAAGAGAAGGAGAUGGUGACCAGUCUUUUCUGCAAACUGGGAGUUCUUGUCAGACAUAGGAUAUCCUUGUUUGGUAACAAUGCCACAUCCAUAGUCAACUGUCUGCAGAUACUGGGACAAAGCCUGGAUGCCCGGACCGUGAUGAAGACUGGUCUGGAGUCAGUGAAGGCAGCUCUACGGUCAUUCUUUGACAGUGCAGCAGAGGAUCUGGAGAAGACACAGGAGAACCUGAAGCUCGGUCAGUUCACCCACAGCAGAGACCAGCCACGAGGUGUCACUCAGAUCAUCAAUUACACCACCUUCGCUCUGCUGCCUGUCCUCUCCUCCCUGUUCGAACACAUCGGACAGAACAUGUUUGGAGAGGACCUCAUAUUGGAUGAUGUCCAGGUCUCCUGCUACAGAAUCCUCAACAGCCUUUACUUUCUGGGAACCAACAAAAGCAUCUAUGUAGAAAGACAGCGUCCAGCAUUAGGAAAGUGUCUUGCUGCCUUCUCAGCAGCCUUCCCUGUUGCCUUUCUUGAGCCUCACAUCAAUAAGUUCAACAGCUUCUCCAUCUACAACAGCAAAGGAACUAAAGACAGAGGGGCUUUAGGUCUUCCGGGGCACGUUUGGGAGGUUUGUCCUGUUAUCCCAAACUUGGAGAAGUCUCUGGAGGAGAUCAUGGAGUUGGCAGAGUCUGGCAUGAGAUAUACUCAGAUGCCUCAUGUCAUGGAGGUGGUGUUACCCAUGUUAUGCAGCUACAUGUCUCACUGGUGGGAACAUGGACCAGAGAGCAAUUCAGACAAAGCUGACAGCUGCUGCACUUCUGUGACUUCAGAACACAUGAACACUCUGCUGGGAAACAUUCUCAAGAUCAUCUACAACAACCUGGGAAUAGAUGAGGGGGCCUGGAUGAAAAGACUGGCUGUUUUUUCUCAGCCAAUCAUCAGCAAGGCCAAACCUGAGCUGCUCAAGACCCAUUUCCUGCCUCUGAUGGAGAAACUCAAGAAAAAAGCAGCAGUUGUGUUGAUGGAUGAGGAACACAGCAAGGCGGAGGGGAGGGGUGAGAUGUCCGAGACAGAGCUUCUCAUCAUGGAUGAAUUCACCAUAUUGGUCAGGGACCUGUACGCCUUCUAUCCUCUCCUCAUCCGAUUUGUAGACUACAACAGGGCCAGAUGGCUGAAAGAGUCCAGUCCAGAAGCUGAGGAGCUGUUCCGCAUGGUAGCUGAGGUUUUCAUCUUCUGGGCCAAGUCUCAUAACUUCAAGAGGGAAGAGCAGAACUUUGUGGUCCAGAAUGAAAUCAACAACAUGUCCUUCCUCAUCACUGAUACCAAGUGUAAGAUGUCAAAGGGAAUAGUUUCAGACCAGGAGAGGAAGAAGAUGAAGAGGAAGGGAGAUCGAUACUCGAUGCAGACGAGUCUGAUCGUUGCUACUCUGAAGCGUCUGCUGCCUGUUGGACUCAACAUCUGUGCCCCUGGAGAACAAGAGCUCAUCGCACUGGCCAAAAACCGCUUCACCCAGAAAGAUACAGAGGAUGAAGUCCGAGAGAUCAUCAGGAACAAUCUCCAUUUACAAGGGAAGCUGGAGGACCCAGCUAUUCGUUGGCAGAUGGCUCUGUAUAGGGACCUCCCUAAUUACUAUGAGGAAACCUCUGACCCAGAGAGGACUGUGGAGAGAGUCCUGGACAUCGCUCAUGUCCUCUUCCACCUAGAUCAGGUGGAGCACCCUCAGCGCAGCAAGAAGGCUGUCUGGCACAAACUUCUGUCCAAACAGAGGAAGAGAGCCGUGGUCGCUUGCUUCAGGAUGGCACCGCUUUAUAACCUGCCCAGGCACCGGGCUGUCAACCUGUUCCUGCAGGGCUAUGAGAAGUCCUGGAUAGAGGCAGAGGAACACUACUUUGAAGAUAAACUCAUAGAGGAUCUUGCUAAACCAGGUGAACAAGAGCCAUCCGAAGAGGAGGAAGGGAUGAAGCACAUUGACCCACUGCAUCAGCUCAUUCAGCUGUUCAGUAGAACAGCUCUCACAGAGAAGUGUAAACUGGACGAGGACAAUCUUUACAUGGCCUAUGCUGACAUCAUGGCUAAGAGUUGCCAUGAUGAAGAAGAUGAAGAUGGAGAGGAAGUAAAGAGUUUUGAGGAGAAGGAGAUGGAGAAGCAGAAGCUGUUGUAUCAGCAGGCUCGGCUUCAUGACCGAGGAGCUGCUGAGAUGGUGCUUCAAACCAUCAGUGCUAGCAAAGGUGAGAUGGGUCCCAUGGUGGCCUCUACUCUGAAGCUGGGCAUAGCUAUUCUGAAUGGAGGAAACUCUACUGUACAGCAGAAAAUGUUGGAUUAUCUGAAAGACAAGAAGGAUGUAGGUUUUUUUCAGAGCCUGGCUGGUCUGAUGCAGUCAUGCAGUGUUCUAGAUCUGAAUGCAUUUGAGAGGCAGAACAAAGCAGAGGGACUGGGAAUGGUGACAGAGGAGGGAUCAGUCAUCACUCAUGAGCGUGGUGAGAAGGUCAUGCAGGAUGAUGAGUUCACCUGUGACCUUUUCCGCUUCCUGCAGCUGCUCUGUGAAGGACACAACUCAGACUUCCAGAACUACUUAAGGACACAAACAGGGAACAAUACGACUGUCAACAUCAUCAUCUCUACUGUUGACUACCUCCUCAGAGUCCAGGAGUCUAUCAGUGAUUUCUACUGGUAUUAUUCUGGGAAAGAUGUUAUUGAUGAACAGGGCCAGAGGAAUUUCUCUAAGGCAAUAAAUGUGGCCAAGCAGGUUUUCAAUACACUGACUGAGUACAUCCAGGGUCCAUGCACUGGCAACCAGCAGAGUUUGGCCCAUAGCCGUCUGUGGGAUGCUGUGGUUGGUUUUCUCCAUGUCUUUGCUCAUAUGCAGAUGAAACUGUCUCAGGACUCCAGUCAGAUCGAGUUACUGAAGGAACUGAUGGAUCUGCAGAAAGACAUGGUGGUCAUGCUGCUGUCGAUGCUGGAGGGUAAUGUGGUGAAUGGGACUAUUGGUAAGCAGAUGGUGGACAUGUUGGUGGAGUCAUCAAACAAUGUAGAGAUGAUCCUCAAGUUCUUUGACAUGUUCCUCAAACUGAAAGACCUGACCUCCUCAGAUGCCUUCAAGGAGUAUGACCCUGACGGAAAAGGUGUCAUCUCCAAGAGGGACUUCCAUAAGGCCAUGGAGAGCCACAAACACUACACACAGUCUGAGACGGACUUCCUGCUCUCCUGUGCAGAGACUGAUGAGAAUGAACUCUUGGACUAUGAAGAAUUUGUAGAGCGCUUUCAUGAGCCAGCCAAGGAUAUUGGCUUCAAUGUUGCGGUUUUGCUGACCAACCUGUCCGAGCACAUGCCUCAUGACACCCGGCUGCAGACCUUCUUGGAGCUGGCAGACAGCGUCCUCAACUACUUCCAACCAUACCUGGGCCGGAUUGAGAUCAUGGGCAGCGCUAAGCGCAUCGAGAGGGUCUAUUUUGAGAUCAGCGAGUCCAGUCGAACACAGUGGGAGAAACCUCAGGUCAAAGAAUCCAAGCGUCAGUUCAUCUUUGAUGUGGUGAAUGAGGGAGGAGAGAAGGAGAAGAUGGAGCUGUUUGUCAAUUUCUGUGAGGACACCAUCUUUGAAAUGCAGCUGGCAGCUCAGAUGUCUGAUGCUGGUGAGCGCUCAGCAGUGAAAGAGGAGAGUGAGCGGGAGAAACCAGAUGAGGAGAAUACUGAGAUGGGCUUCUUCUCUGUUACUACUGUCUGCAUGGCUCUGUUAGCUCUGCGAUACAACGUCAUGCUGCUGAUAAAGGUGCUGUCUAUGAAGAGCUUGAAGAAGCAGAUGAAGAAGAUAAAGAACAUGACAGUGAAGGACAUGGUGACCACCCUGGUGUCCUUAUACUGGUCAGUGUUGCUGGGCCUUCUCCAUGUGGCGUUCAGUGUUGCUCGAGGAUUUUGCAGAAUCUUCUACAACACUUUCAUGGGAGGAAGUCUGGUGGAGGGGGCAAAGACCAUAAAGGUGUCAGAGCUGCUGGCCAACAUGCCUGACCCCACCCAGGAUGAGGUGAGGGGUGAGGGAGAUGACAGAGAGAAGAGGCCGUCCGACCGCAGCUCACCCAAGGAGGACCUGGCUGACCUAGCAGUCAACACCAGUGAGACCGAGCUGCUGUCAGACAUCUUUGGUCUGGACUUAAGAAGGGAGGGGGGCCAGUACAAGAUCACCCCCCAUAACCCCAAUGCCAGCCUGACCGAACUGCUCAACUCCCCAGUUCCCUCCCCAAACCCACCAGCACCAACCACAGCACCCCCACCUGAGCUCAGACGGAGGCAUCAGUCAAAGGGCUCUUCCUCAGAGGAGAAGGAAGCAACUCCACAGACUGAAUGUGAACCUGAAACGUCAGAGGCUGGACAUGUAGAGGAACAAGAGAAACAACAGAAGAUGAAGCCAAAAAUUAGACGGCAUCACACCUCAAAGUGUGACGAACCAGAUCUGCAGGAGUCUGCAUUCUUGAAGAAGAUCAUCGCCUACCAGAGGAAACUGCUGAACUACUUUGCCAGGAACUUCUAUAACAUGAGGAUGUUGGCCCUGUUUGUUGCCUUUGCAAUCAACUUCAUCCUCUUAUUCUAUAAGGUGUCGACAUCCUCAUCUGUGGCUGACGAGCAGGAAGUGAUGUACACCAGCAGCCAACCAGAGAGCAGUGUUCAGUGGGAUCCAUUGGGUGGAGAAACUGUGGAGACAAAUGAGGAUGUUGUGGAUGAGACUGGGGAGCACCUGAAGCCUGUCACAGUGCGUUUUGUCCUGGAGGAGAGCAGUGGAUACAUGGAGCCCAUGCUACGCAUCCUGGCUGUCCUGCACACUGUCAUCUCUUUCUUCUGUAUCAUUGGAUACUACUGUCUCAAGGUGCCACUGGUGAUCUUUAAGCGUGAGAAGGAGGUGGCCAGGAAGCUGGAAUUUGACGGCUUGUAUAUCACAGAACAACCAUCUGAAGAUGACAUUAAAGGACAGUGGGACAGACUGGUCAUUAACACACAAUCUUUCCCCAACAACUACUGGGAUAAGUUUGUGAAGAGGAAGGUGAUGGAUAAAUAUGGGGAGUUUUAUGGCCAUGACCGAAUCAGUGAGCUGCUAGGAAUGGACAAAGCUGCACUGGACUUCAGCGAUGCUCACAAAAAGAGAAAACCCAGGAGAGACAGUUCACUGGCUGCUGUGCUGAACUCCAUUGAUGUCAAGUACCAGAUCUGGAAGCUGGGGGUUGUAUUUACAGACAAUUCCUUCCUGUAUCUGGCCUGGUAUAUGACCAUGUCCAUCCUGGGUCACUAUAACAACUUCUUCUUUGCUGCCCAUCUCCUCGACAUCGCCAUGGGUUUUAAGACACUGCGUACCAUCCUGUCCUCAGUCACACACAAUGGCAAACAGCUGGUGUUAACAGUUGGCCUGUUAGCAGUGGUGGUGUACCUUUACACAGUAGUGGCCUUCAACUUCUUCAGGAAGUUCUACAACAAGAGUGAAGAUGGAGAACUGCCAGACAUGAAGUGUGAUGACAUGCUGACAUGCUACAUGUUUCACAUGUAUGUGGGUGUGAGAGCAGGUGGAGGGAUUGGAGACCAGAUUGAAGACCCAGCAGGUGACGAGUAUGAGAUCUAUCGCAUCAUCUUUGACAUCACCUUCUUCUUCUUUGUCAUUGUAAUCCUCCUGGCUAUCAUCCAGGGGUUGAUCAUUGAUGCAUUUGGAGAGCUGAGGGACCAGCAGGAACAAGUGAAAGAAGAUAUGGAGACCAAAUGUUUUAUCUGUGGAAUAGGAAAUGACUACUUUGACACAGUGCCACAUGGCUUUGAAACGCACACACUACAGGAGCACAACUUAGCCAACUACCUAUUCUUUGUGAUGUAUCUCAUCAACAAAGAUGAAACAGAGCACACAGGCCAGGAAUCAUAUGUAUGGAAGAUGUACCAGGAGCGUUGCUGGGAGUUUUUCCCUGCUGGUGACUGUUUCCGGAAACAGUAUGAGGAUCAGCUCAACUGAUCUGUUCAUGGAGCAACAGACUCUUCCCUCUGCUUACCCUUCAAACCUUUCAUACCGCUCUCUGUGGUCUCCACCAAACGACAGGUUCCACACUCUGCUCCACUUCCCAGUAGAGGACGAACUCCAUCUCUAGCCUCCUUUACAGGCUCCACCCAACGCCUUCCUCCCAGCCGUUCCUCAUCCAGACUCUGCCCCCACUUCCAGCACACUUUGUUUGGAAUGCUUCUAAGACUUUGUACAGAGAAAUUAUAAAAGUAUAUGUUGUACAUUAGGUUUUUGGUUUUAGGCUCAGAUGAUGACUUCUUUGCUUUAUCUUAUUCAGUCACAGUCACAGUAACAAGCAAAAAAUACAAGGGAAAAAGGAAGGACUCACAGAUGGAUAGAGGAGGAUAGAGCGGAUGAAAGAUAAGAAUACCUCCUGAAGGACAGUAAUGGAUACACAGAGAGCAAAAAUUUAACUGACGAUGACUUUUCAUGUGUACAGUGCACGUUGCAUGUAGGUGGGGGUGGACACAAAACAUCUCUACAACCUGCUGUGAUUCAACACAACAGCUCUGCAAUAAGUCUGACCUUUUAGAAGCUUCCAUGGUCAGAGAUUAAGACAAAUCCUCAUUGUCAAAACUACAUCCUCCAGAACUACCACAGAGUUGAAUCAACACCUGUAACACAGUGUCAACAAAAUCUGGACAAUCUGAUCUUCACAAACUGGGCUAUUGCACUGGACUGAAUUUAAGUAUAGAUUACAGAUGUUAACACUGAGUCCACACCCUGUACAUGCCAACACUGUGUGUGAAGGGCUCCUUAAGUGUUCAUAUUUGCUAGAAACAUGAUCAGCAAGUCCAUUUAAUUCCAGUCGACCUGGAAACUCAGCCAAAGUAUGGACACCUACAAGUCACAAUCCUCCAUCAGCUAUCUGCAUUUUUUGCUUUAAAAAUUAGAGAAAUAAAUACAUUUUCCCCAAACUAUGCUUGUAAAAUGGUUGAAUCCAUUAUUGAUGUCUGUGGAAACUCCAGUCCAACACUCUUCCCUAGAUUAAUAUAUGUGGACAAGUAAAAAUUUUGGUCACCAUCCAAACAAACCUCUUUAGCCCUGCUACUGGUUUUAACAGUCAACUAUUUUUUUCUGUCCAUCUCUCCAGCACUGUGGUGUGUAAGAGACAUCACAGUCUCUGGAUGCCACUGGUGGGACUUAAGACUUUUUAAAUGCUUCUAAACUAGGGCUUGCUCAAUACAUUUGUCAAAUGAUGUAGUUUUAUGAAAAGCAAUAAGAAAAGCAGCAAAAAAGGUAUUUAUCUGUUUAAAGCUGCAUUCAAAGUUUGUGCAUGCCUGUUAGCCAAGAUAAAGGAGUGGAGUGGAGAAACUCUCAGUCAUGUUUCUUGCAGUGGGAAUGUAGAGUAAGGGCAGGCUGAAGAUAGAUGAUAAAUGAAUGGAUGAAAGAAGGGGGAGGGGAGACUGAAGGAUUCAGUGCCUUACUAAGCCAGGAACGAGCUAUGCAUGCUGGAGGAGGAGAGAAGACUGUUGGAUCGCUUCACAUAAAUACAAUGUAAAGAACUAAGGCUAACGUGGAGCUGGGUGAUGGGGUCUUUAUGACAGAAGACAAAUAUGGGAGCACCAGAGGAAAGAAAAGGAAGAGGGAAAGAGAGAGAAAUGUCUUCGGUACAUUUGAGACAUUAAAUAACUGGCAUGCCUCAGAUUCUUAAGCAGCUUUGGUGCAGACCUGAGUAGAAAUAUCCUCAUUUGAAAUUUCUUUUGCACUUGCUUCAUAGCUCUGUGAAUUACAAAUGAAGAGGCACAGUUUUGCAACAAUUGUACCACUGAUUCAGUUGACCGUUUUAUUAUACAGCCCUGUCAGAUGACCUUUACGUUGCCUUGUAGAGUUCACCAGUGCUGGUGUUAUGAUAAGAGACAGGCCUACAGUAGUUUACCACUUGUCAAAUGCAGGUGGUAUCCUCCUUUUAACAAAAGCACUGAAUUCUUUGGCGGGGCUCUAUAUAUAUUCAAUCUAGUCAAUUAGGUCCACAAAGCCAAAUCUUUGGUUUGGACCAAAAUAUUCAAUUGUGAUUUGAUCCAACAACAAAAUCAAAAGUCAACUUGAAAAAAUGCAAAAAAAAAAAAAAAAAGCCUGAGAGGAUGAACUGACAACAUGCUGACAUCAUAUGCACACCAUCUAUAAACCAAUCAAUAAAGUAUAGGCAGAGGCAGUACAUGUUAGUGAUGACAGCAGGACAUAGAUAUGUCAAGCAGAGUUUUGUGCACCUAGAUCAGAUAUAUAGAAUGCAACAAAAACAUGAACCUUGUUUCUGACCUUGGUCUGGACUUCCAGGAAUGAAAACACCCAACGUCAGUCUGAUCCAGCGGUCCUGUAAUAAAUCUUCCUUCAUGAAGGUUCUAACCCACAGUUUGUCCUGAAACUGUUUCAGAGAGGUGUUGAUUCAAUUGUCUGAUCAUUUUGGAGGAUGGAGUUUGUGCUGCUGUUGAACUGUAAUGUGUUGUACUGAGGUAUUUUUAGUAUUUAAUCUACCCUCAGUAAUAUGAAUGGGGUGGAGAAACAGAAAUAUCUCUUGGAAUAAACAGACCAUCAGUAGCCUAUGGCAGGAUUUAUUGCAGAGCUGAUGGAUCAGACUGUAUUAGUUUUAACUAGUUGGACUAGUAAACUGACGCCUGAGUGUGUGUUGCAAAGCUUGUUAGCCGUAGAACAAGUUUCAUGUAUGUGAUGGCUGUUUCAACAGCAUAAAUGGUCUUCAUGACACAUACCAGUACUCAUCAUUUAUAAUGCCAGUGUGCCACCAAUUUUAAAGAUGAAGUCAUCUUGUUAUGUUAGCUUUGUUUAAGUACACACUGCUGCAGACACACAUACUGUAUACAUUUUGUUUCAUGCUAUAUAGGAGAUAUUAUAAUACAAUAUAGGAGCGUCAAGAUACAGAAAUCUAAUAACCAUUUCAAUACAUUUGAUUGUAUGCUCACUUGUUUCUAUUUUAUGUUUUAAUUGUUACACCCUCACUGUAAAGCAGGAAAUUAACUGGCAGUUAAAGUGGAAGAAAAGUGCAAAUCUUUCAUAGAAAAGAUUGGGAAAAGUGUACAAAAAAAGCAAAGUCAAGGCCAAAUGAAUGAUAAUAUCAGAAAUUAGAUCAUUUUAAAUAAAUUUAUUUAAUGCAUAGUUAUUAUUGGAGUAUGGUUCUUUAAAAAAAGUUUUUGUUUAUUCAUUAACUUUUACUAAUUAAUCCCUCAGUCACAGGACCUUUGUGUUGAUUGAAUGAAUACUCAGAGCUGGUGAAUGAUGUUCCACAAACAUGUCUGAGAAAUUUCAAAUAAGGAUUGAUUUUUUCAUUUCUUUUCUUUUGAUGACCUUAUGCAACUCAGCAAACAGUUACUCUCUUGUAUGAAUAAACUAUCUCAGAAAAAAAAUGCCAUUGCAUGUUUAUUAUGCAGGUUUAAUGAACAAGUAUAACAUUGACACUAAAUCUGUGUCACCCAUAAAUUGUUAAAUAGGGUUAUUUAAGAUGAAUUAAGAUUUCUGUGAUAUUGUAUUUAAGUGUUGUGGGCUUCAUUGUAACUCUUCAACUCAUUUGCCACAAUCGCAUCCCUUUGAAAAAAGAAAGUGGCUCCUGCUUUUCUCUUACUUAACCAUCUCUGUUUUAAUAUGCUAUGAGUAACGGGUUUGUUUAAGUCUCAUUUGGUUUUAAGCUCAAGCAAUAGCCCUUCAGGGAGAGUAUGGGAGAUGACUGACCAUUGUAAAUUGCAAACAAAGGCAAAACAACAAGCUUGCUUAACUUCUUCUCAGAUUUAAAUAAAGUUGUGUAUUUAUUCUUUUAUUAGCUAUUUCUUUAUUUGAUUUACUUAACAAAUAACUGUAAGGAAAUAAAACGGAGGUUGUUCUGUUAAGUUAGUUCACCACUUAACGUUAAAGGUGCAGUAAUAUUUAAUUGGCUCAUUGCACAAAACCACCUUCACAUUCAUGUAGGUUUGGCUGAACAUUUCCUGCCACUCUGUGUUUCAGCUCUGAGCUUUCUACUUGAAGCUUUCAAACAGGCAGAGGUGCUCCUGUUACGUAAGUCUGAGAAACUUCCCCAGGCUCAGCAUACACUCUGCACUUGGUUUGGUUUCUCCAAAACACCAGUAAUCAUUAGUGAAGCAUGUAAAAAGUGAAUUGAGCUUCAGAAUCUGAAAUAUUUAAAUAGUGAUAAAUUAGGAUCAUAUUUCUCAGACUAGUAACCUGCGAUAUGAAGACCCAAAAUGUUUGAUUUUAAAGUCAGUAGUACAUUGUGAAAUAAGUGUUCAUAUGAAUAAAUACAGACAAAAUGAAAAUAUGAAUAAGAAUGAAUUAAUCUGUACAUUUUAAAAACUGUUAUUUCACCCAGGGGCAGAGGCACCUUUGUGAUUGGCUGUGUGCUCAUUCAGACAAUACAAACAGCCAGUCACAUAACUGACUCUGUGUGUCUUGAUUUCAUGUUUAUAUUUUUUUUUCUGCACCUAUUUAUAUCAUGGAUUUCAUAAUGUCUUCUUUAUUAAACAGUGAACAUGCUGGGUCUCUGUAAUAAGUAACCUACAGUGUGAUGCAGUUAGCCAUAUAAACCAGCUACCUGACAUUUGUUUUUGCUGUGUAACAAAUGUCAGCUUUCUACAGCUAAUAACACACAUCUGCUAAUAAAAACUCCCACUGUGAAAAACACGGGUGACAUUUGAAUGCGAGGUGUUGUAAGUGAACCUGUGAGUUUUCUCACCUAAGUCAGUUUGUAUAUAACAUUAUGUCUGAAGUACUGUAAAGCAGGUCCAUUUUAUAAUUUCCUCAGACAUGGGGCUUAGCAGAAGCCAUCUUUACUGAUUGCACCUUUAAUGUUGGGUGAGGAUACAUAUGGGUUUUACAUUGAGCACUGAUGACUUUACUGGUUACAGUUGCAACCAACUAGUGUUGGUGGUAUGUAUAUAGCAUUGCACUCAUUAUACAAUGCUGAUGUCAUGCCUAUGUUUUGUUCUGUUUUUUAACUGCAAUACCACACCUGACUGAUUAAUGCCAUUACUAAGUGGUAUUUUGCUCAUGUAAAAAUAAAUACAUAUUUUCCAUAUUUACCACAGAGGGGGCAUGUUUAGAUUGCCACACAGUGGGGCAUCAUGUAGAGUAGACAAAUGCUACUUCUGUGACAUAAAUGUGUAAAGAGGAACUGAGACUAUGAGUAAUGAAUGGAUUAUGCAUGAUUUUGAAAAUAAAACUUUAUUAACUUGUGAA